ACGAUGCAAGUUGUUUCCAUGGUAACUUUGUUGCGGUCCCCCCAUGCUGGCGUGACCCUAUGAAUUAUGAUCAUUUAGAAAAUUAUUCGUUUGUUUUGUGUUUAUAUUUUAACUGUCACUCUAUAUAAAUCCAUCUUUUUUUGCUUUAUGCACUUAAACUUCGUUUCAAGAUCAAUCGGUGUUUGUAUUCUUGCAGUUUGUAGUUUUGGUCUAGUUUUCUGGAACAUGUUUGGAUCUCCAGUGGACUUUUCAUUUAAGGAGCUCAACACAAUCCCAGACAUUCUUUCUGAUAUGCCUAAUCCAGGCGCUCGUCCACUAAAGCGUGACUCGGAGCAGAAGUUCCUCAGCCGGACGCUCAGACUCAGCAACAACUUCAUCUCAGACUUUUCAGGACUGACGGACACAAUCUCUGCUCUGUUUGCCGAGCCGACACGUCUGGCCUGGCUCGACCUCUCCUUCAACGAGAUUCGACACAUCGACCCAGUCCUCACUCAACUUAAAGAGUUACGUUUGUUGUAUCUCCAUGGAAAUUAUAUUAGUAAGUUGUCAGAAGUGGAUAAACUUGCUGUACUGCCGUCUCUCCAUACCAUCACUCUGCACGGCAACCCCAUAGUGACCGAGCCUGACUACAGUCGUUCCUUAUCAGUUUGACUUACUUUGGUUUGUGCAACUCAAAGGUUCCAAAGAAAGAAAGCAACAUGACACGAUUGAUGGUGAAUUAAUAAUUUGCCUCAGUGAACUUGUCCCACCGUGUCUGAACUCUGUGAUUUUCCACUGUGGAUCUCUGUACUCGUCGCGUUCCUGACACAACAGGUGCUGAAACUGCGGUUAG